CAGAGUCCCAGGCAGGAAGGCUUGGAUAAGCUCAGCCACAGCCCAGGUAUGAAGCCAGCUGGUCUGUCUGUGACAGCACCUGGCUGGGGAACGGUCGUUCGUCCAACUGGAGCAGGGCGCAGCUUAGACCUCACUGGUUUUUGAAAGGAUCAGGAGAAAGUCCAGUUGUUGAAAAGCAAACUCUCGGUGGGCUGAAACCUCCAAAGUUCAGACUAUCCCCGAAGUCGCUCUGACACCCUUCUGAGGGACGCUGGGCACCCCGAGUCACCAUGGGCAACGAGAACAGCACCUCGGACCACCAGAGGACUUCACCAGUUCAGAGUCCAAGAUCACCGCAACCACCUGGGAAGAGUCAGUCUCUACAGAAGAAGCAAGGGGACUCGCCUGAAACCGGGGCUUGCAGCACUGGGCUAGGAGGCUCCUGCUCUGCUUCUGAGAGUGCAGCCAGCCUGGAUCCAUGUAGUGUGUUCCCAGAGGUGACCGAGCCAGGGAAGCACCCCCAGGAAUCCAGGGGGCCAGAAGGUUCUCCAGUGCCCAGCUCAUCACUGCCCUGGGAACAGGCGUGUCCCUCAGCCCCCAUGCCCUUCACCGAGUGUCCCCCAGAAGGUUGCUUGGCAAGCUCAGAAGCAGCACCUGAAGAUGGUACCCUUACCCAUCACCCUAGGAAGGAAGCUUCCUCUAGUCUCCAAGGGGACGCCUUAGCAACGCUUACUCCUAAAGGGGAUGGCUCCACACAGCACAAGAUGGCCACCACAACCCCCAGUGCUGCAGAAGACACAGAACCGAAGGGAGAGGGACCGAACUCAUCCUCCAGAGGAACUGGCCAAUUGCCAGGAAUUUCCCUAGUGCCUCCCCGGGAGCCGAGGACAGAGCUGCUGUGUGGAGAGAGUGACUGGCCUGGUGGUUUUGAGUCCCAAGAGAAAGCGGAUGUAGAUGACUUCUCGACCCCAGCGUCUGCCACUAAGGCCCCUGCUGCCACUGGGCUGGGGACGGAGAGCUCAGAUGUCCCAGAGGAGUCCCCCGCAAAACUUGAGACCAUGUUCCCACAAGAUCCAGUCCUAAGAUCAUCUGAUAAAGAAAGAGGGGGAGAGGAGGUGCUGCCAAUGUAUUCAGUCAAGAACUUGGAGUCUCUUGGAGGCCACCAUCCUUCUGAAAGCAACUUGGGGGCUGAGCCUGGAGUUGGAGCGAUCACUGCCGAGCAGGAAAGCUGCCAGCAGAAGGUGGAAAAGCAGCUGCCACAGGCAGAACGGCCCUCAGACCCACUAGAUUUUGCCACAGCUCCGGGAGAUAGUGACCUCUGGAAGGAGACUCGAGGAGACACCAGAGAUGUUCAAAGACAACCACAGACAGGGACAUCAGGAACUGGGCCCCAGCAGGUUGUCUGUGUGGCAUCAGGUAACCAGCCGGAUGGUAGCUUGCUUGGGAGUGCUAAGGCCCCUCCAUUUCCUAGAACAGAGGAAACACAUACAGCCUCCAGUCCCGCUGCACAGCCUGCUGCUUGGAAUUCUGUCACCGUAGACGAGCCCAGCUUGUCCAAGGAGACAGAUUCUGAGGCUGAGAUGCCACUUUCUACAGAUCUGGCCACAGAACAGGUUGAUACGGGGGUGGUGGAGCUGAAGCCAGCAUCAGAUCUGGGAAGAACACCAGAAGAACAACCGGAAGGCAGCCUCCGAGGGGCCCUUGCCCCUUUCUUGCAGGGGCAAAAUGAUACAGUCCUAGAAGAACUGUUGCUACCAACUUUCUCCCAUGGGGCUUCAAAUGAAAGUUCUAGAAAGUCAGUGGGAUCAGGUGACAGUCCUAAGGCCCCCGAGGAUACUGAAACCAGAGUUGUGGCUCGAGAAGAAAGCAGAUCACCCAGAGACAACUCUAAGGGACAAGAAGCCAUCAGUGUCCUUGAUGGUGCGGAGUCUAGGAAUCAUGGGGAAGACAGGUCCCAAGCCUUUCACAGCGAGCUCCAUCUGGAGUCUCACAAAGGUGAAGUUGCAAAGCCACAUAGUGACUCUCCCAACUUAGACUCAACACAGCCACCCAGACAGGCGGUUGCUGGCCACAAGGAUGGGCCCUUCUCUGGGUCAGCAGAGGCAGUGAGGCAGGUAGGUGAUGAAUCCCAUAUAACUGGCACACCCACCCCACUGCACAAACACCAUGAGGAGGACCCCAUCCUGUCCUCAGCAUCGGCUGGAACUGCUGAGCCCUCUCCUCCCCAAGAAGCCACCUGGGCAAGUUCAGGAUCUCAGACCAAAAGCCCCAGCAUGCUUCAGGGCAGUGCAGGAUUGGGAACAACACAGUCACUUCCCGCUUUAGACUCUGAGAAAUCAGGUUUCCUGUCUAUUCCAGCAGUGGAGGAGGAACCCAAAGCUGGGGAGGCGGAGAACAUAUUGGAAAUAAAGAAGAGCCACUCACCCUUGCAGAGGCUGGAGAAGGUCGAACCUGGACAGGAAGUUCAUACCAAUGUGUUACCUCCCCUCAGUGGGAAGAACUCAGUAGUGGGACAUGGACACACUAUGCUUGGUUUGGAACUAGACUGUCAGGGAAAAUUGUCCUGCCCAGAGGACAGCCUCUCACCACCUCCAGAGAACCCGCUCCAGCCAUCUAAACUGGACUCAGAAGCAUCUGUCUUAGCUGUUCUCUGUGAGAAGGCCCAGUCACCUACAAACAUGCAAGGGGCUUGUCCAAGUGACCCAGGUCUGAAGAAGGAGGGUACAAAUCCUUCCCCAAUCCUAUUACCCACGGAAGGGGAGCCUUGCAUAGGUGCGAGCUUGCCCACUCAUGAAGGAAAGGAGCAGGCUUCAGAACUUCCCCCCAAAGGCGGUCCUUGCAACACUCCAAGUUCAGCACUCAAGGAUACAGAUCUGGGAAAGGCACCAUUAGAGGAAUCAGAACCGCCAACCCCACUGGGACAGAAGCUGCCUGCAUUAGGAGAAAAUGAGCAAGGGGGCGUGGGCAGUGGCGGUCAGCCCUAGGAGAGCCUGCAUCCCGCAGAAGACACUGCUCUUACAGGAAACUUGGGUGGAAAAGAGAGUUGCUGUAUCGGGCAGGGGCCGAGCAAGUCCCAACAGGAGCUGGGUGAUGCUUUGAAAGCAGGCAGCCAGCGUGAAGAAGCACGUUGUGGGGACUCAGGUAUUUCUGAAGCAAGUGAUGGACUGCCCCUGCCUCAAGGCUUGGGUAAGACAGAGGUGGCAAGUACAAACAUAGUGGAGGCCCCGCCUUGUCAACCUGACUCAGUAGCUCUCCUGGAUACAGCGCACUGUGCUCCGGUCCCAGUGCCUACCAGAGUCACGCCCACCCGGGAUGCCCUAGAGAGUGAGGCCCGUGAUGAGAGUCAGGAAGAGUUGGCCCCACAGCUGGAGAUGGAGCAGCUGGCCACCUUCGGUGUAGAAGCACGGGGGCCUCUUGGCAGUUUCCCCAGAGGGGCAGAGCAAGAUGGAUCUGUGGAGGCGAAUGUUGAUGCCCGGGAAGGAGACCCUGGGAUGCAGCAGGCUUCUGAGGGACCAAAUGUGGCUCCGCACGGUGGCUUCUUUCAGACUGAUCAGCACCUCACGUCUAGGAAAGAAGGUUACACCUCCACCCUGACUGAGCCGUGCCAACUUGAACAGCUUGAGCCCAGCUGUGGGGAUUCCUCGGGGCCAGCUGGAGAAUCAGAUAGGAUUCCCGGAAGUACAGUGGACAUUCAGGCACACUGCGCUGUUUCAGAUCCACAGAGGCUCCUGCCGGCUCGACCACCUGAAGAGACUGUGCCUGGCGUCCCUUACCUACACAUCAAUGGCACUGUGGGGGAGGAUGCAGGAGAUGGUAGCCUGAGACCCGUUUCCUCUGAAGGCCCCAGAGCACCUCAUGAACAUCCCUGUCCCACAAAGGAGUUCCCACCUGCUUUGGAAAAUGACACUCCUGGAAAGGUAUCAGCUGUCUCCUUCACCACACUCUUGCAACCAGGAACUGCAGGUGGGGAAAUCUCUGCAGCCGGGGCUGGUAGUGGUGGCCCUCAAGCUGGAACUACUGAGAGACCGGUGAGUCUCAUGCCCUACCUGGACAGGAUGACAUCCCUGGCCAAAGAUGAGCAGACGACAAGAGAGCUGCAUGUGACUACAGCUCCAGAAGCAAAUGCCAGGCCCUCUGAGGUUGCAGCACCCGCUGCCAGUGAGGAUGCAGCAGGAGAGACAGGUGGUCACAGGGAGAGCGCAGUAGAACUUACCCCAGAUCUCAGGGUUGGUGCAUCGGGUAGCGAGGGUGCGAGCUCCAAACAGACCAGCAUAAUUACGGGUCUUCCUGACUUCAGAGAACACAUCACCAAGAUCUUUGAGCAGUCUGUGCUCGGAGCCCUGGCUGCCGACCGGCCCCAGAGUUUACCUGGUGAAAAGGCAGGAGCAUCAAAGAAUUUUCUGGUUGAGGGACCCAGCAUAUCACCGAACCCGGAGAAGCUUCUAGAUGGGGCUCAAAGAGUGGCUGCUGCCCAUCUCCCUGUACCUCCUGCUGGACUCCAGGUGGAGAAGAAGCAAGAGUCAACCAUGGAGGCUGAGAUUUCUCAUCUGCUUCCCCAGGAUCCAGCAUCUGAGAAGCUGGGGGGUCUGGCCAAGACAGCCUUGGAGGAGAACCUUCCAGGUGCCAGAGUUGAGGGGCAAGUGACCUGUGACCCAUUGAUGGUGACCAGGGAGAGGCUAGAAGGGACUGGGGGGUCUGACCAGGGAGCUCAGGCUCAUUUGCAGCAAGGAAGAAGCAGGCAAGAGUCAGCACUGGGCCUUCCCUCCUCUGCAGCUGUUCAGGGGGUGCCAGCAGAAAGAGCUCCUGGCUUACCUGUGGCUCCUCAGAGCCACACAGAAGAGGCUUCUGUUGGAGGGGACAGCAGUCCUUCUGGAAAAGAGAACUUAAAAACACCGGCCAGCAAUAGUCAGCCCAGAGGAGCCGGUACCGGGGCCCCUGUUCACACCGAGUGCUCGAGUAAUCUGCAAGGAUCCACCGGUGCCCUGGAGGGCUCUUCUCCUCACGGAAGUCUUUUGACUGUGCCUGAAUCUAACAGUGAGCCGUGGAUCCCUGCCACACCUGGGGGUGAAAGAAGCCCCAGAGCUGCUGUCAGUACUGCAGAAAUGCAAAAUGUGCUGGCCUACCAGGAUACCCCCAAACCCCUGGCGGGAGAAGCGUUGGAUACUCCUCUGGGGCCUAGCAAAAUGGCGGGAGCUGCUGAGGCAGCAGAAGGUGACAUCACACCAAGCACAGCUGAGACAUGGGCAUGUGUGUCUGGUGACCUCCUUGAAACAGGUACUGCAAGGAUGCUUCCCGCUGUGGCAGGUGACUCAGCACUGCCUGGGAGCUGCCAGGACCCAGGAUGUGCCAACAGGACUCAGACAAUGGAAGGCACAGCCACCCUUCAAGGGGACAACCAGGCCAGACACCAGCAGGACCAGGAACAACUGGGCCCUCAGCUCCCUGCUCCUGUAGGGCAUGGGAAGACGAGUGUCUCUUCACCUCCAGAGCCCGGUGGAAGCAAAGACGUGAAGCUGGACCUGUUAGCUCCAGAAGAACUCUACACUGGCAGAAAGAGCCCAGGGCCCGGCUCAGCCACCUUACCUUCAGUUCCUGAGACAUGUGCUCCGCAAGCCUUUUCAGCAGAGGCCGGAGAGUCAGGAGGACCAGAAAGCGCCCCUGGAACCAAUGAUGUCAUCCAGCCAGCUGCUCCUGCAGACCUGGGACACCCACCCUUAGCUGACUCUUCCCAUCAUGGUGACAAUGCCAGCUCAGUCUCUACACAUCUGACAGUCCAGAGGAGUUCCGACUCGGAGGAAGCCUUUGAGACCCCUGAAUCAACGACCCCUGUCAAAGCACCGCCAGCCCCACCCCCACCACCCCCAGAAGUCACCCCAGAGCCUGAGGUCAGCACUCCACCUGCCCCAGAAGAACCAGGAUGCAGUUCUGAGCCGCCCGUGGUUCCCGAUGGCCCUCGCAGCGAGUCCGUGGAAGGAAGCCCGUUCCGUCCUCCGCACUCCUCCUCGGCGGUGUUCGAUGAAGACAAGCCGAUAGCCAGCAGCGGAACUUACAACUUAGACUUCGACAGCAUCGAGCUGGUGGACAACUUUCAGAGCCUGGAGCCAUGCUCUGCCGACUACAAGGGUCAGGAGUGUAAGGUGAGCACGCGGAGGAAAUCCACCGAAUCCGUGCCCCCUUCCAAGUCCACGCUGUCCCGCUCGCUCAGCCUGCAAGCCAGCGAUUUUGACGGUGCUUCCUGCCCGGGCAGCCCCGAAGCUGGGGCCCUUGCCACAGAUGCGUGUGGUACUGGAUCCAACAGUGCGUCCAGCACCCUUAAGAGAACUAAAAAAACACGGCCGCCUUCCUUGAAAAAGAAACAGGCUGCCAAGAAACCCACAGACACCCCUCCAGUGAAGGAGACCCAGCAGGAGCCAGGUGAAGAGAGUCCAGUCGCCAGUGAGGAACACCUUGCACCAGAGACAAAGACGGAGCCGGCCACACCCGAGAGCACUGGGUGUACCUUGUCAGAAGAGACACCCCUGGAGCCCACCCCUGUGCCCACAGCCACCUGUCCUUUGACUUUGGAGAGGGCAGAAGACGUCAACCCUCCGGUUUCUGGAGGUGGCAGAGUGCAGAACUCACCCCCUGUGGGGAGGAAAUCAGUGCCUCUUACCACAGCCCCUGAGGCAGUGGAGGUGACCCUAUCAGAGAGUGGGGGGCAGGAGGACUUGCCUGCCAAAGGACUCUCAGUGAGGCUGGAGUUUGACUACUCUGAGGACAAGAGUAACUGGGACAGUCAGCAGGAAAACGCCCCUCACACCAAAAAGAUAGGCAAGAAGCCAGCUGCCAAAAUGCCCCUAAGGAGGCCAAAGAUGAAAAAGACACCUGAGAAACUUGACAACACUCCUGCCUCACCUCCAAGGUCCCCUACUGAACCCAAUGACAUCCCUAUUGCUAAAGGUACCUACACCUUUGACAUAGACAAGUGGGAUGACCCCAACUUUAACCCUUUCUCCUCCACCUCAAAAAUGCAAGACUCUCCCAAACUGCCCCAACAGUCGUACAACUUUGACCCUGAUGCCUGUGAAGAGUCCCUUGACCCCUUUAAGACGUCCUCUAAGACCCCCAGCUCACCUUCCAAAUCCCCAGCGUCUUUUGAGAUCCCAGCCAGCACCGCUGAAGUGGACGGGGAUGGGUUGAAUAAGCCCGCCAAGAAGAAGAAGACGCCCCUGAAGACUGACACUUUUAGGGUGAAGAAGUCACCAAAGAGGUCCCCUCUGUCUGAUCCGCCUUCUCAGGACUCCACUCCAGCUGCCACACCGGAAGCACCCCCAGCAAUCUCUGCGGUGGUCCAAGCCACAGACGAGGAGAAACUGGCCGUCACCAGCCAGAAGUGGACGUGUAUGACAGUAGACUUGGAUGCUGACAAACAGGACUUCCCACAGCCCUCGGAUCUGUCUAACUUUGUAAAUGAGACCAAAUUCAAUUCGCCCUCAGAGGAGCUGGACUACAGAAACUCCUAUGAAAUCGAAUACAUGGAAAAGCUUGGCUCCUCCUUACCCCAGGAAGAUGACACUCCGAAGAAGCAGGCCUUGUACCUUAUGUUUGACACCUCGCAGGAGAGCCCCGUCAAGUCUCCUCCGGUCCGGAUGUCGGAUUCCCCAACUCCAUGUUCGGGGUCAAGUUUUGAGGAGACUGAAGCCCUUGUGAACGCUGCAACAAAACUCCAGCAUCCUGUCACACGAGGCCUGGUCUCCAACCAGGAGCCUCUCUUGCAGGUGCCAGAGAAAUCUUCCCAGAAGGAGCUGGAAGCCAUGGCCUUGGGCACCCCCACAGAGGCUAUUGAGAUUAGGGAAGCUGCUCACCCACCGGAUGUCUCCAUCUCCAAAACUGCCUUGUACUCUCGCAUCGGGCCCGCCGAGGUGGAAAAACCUCCGGGCCUUCUGUUCCAGCAGCCAGACCUGGACUCUGCACUCCAAGUUGCCAGAGCAGAGGUUAUCUCCAAGGAGAGAGAAGUCUCUGAGUGGAGGGACAAAUAUGAAGAAAGCAGGCGGGAAGUGAUGGAAAUGAGGAAAAUCGUGGCUGAAUAUGAGAAGACCAUCGCACAGAUGAUCGAGGAUGAACAGAGAGAGAAAUCGGUCUCCCACCAAACUGUGCAGCAGCUGGUCCUCGAGAAGGAGCAAGCCCUGGCUGACCUGAACUCUGUGGAAAAGUCUCUGGCUGACCUCUUCAGGAGAUACGAGAAGAUGAAGGAAGUCCUGGAAGGCUUCCGCAAGAAUGAAGAGGUGCUGAAGAAAUGCGCACAGGAGUAUCUGUCCCGAGUGAAGAAAGAAGAGCAGAGGUACCAGGCCCUGAAGGUGCACGCGGAGGAGAAGCUGGACAGGGCCAAUGCAGAGAUUGCCCAGGUUCGAGGCAAAGCCCAGCAAGAACAAGCAGCCUACCAGGCCAGCCUGCGGAAGGAGCAGCUGCGAGUGGACGCGCUAGAAAGGACGCUGGAGCAGAAGAACAAAGAGAUAGAAGAACUCACCAAGAUUUGUGACGAACUGAUUGCCAAAAUGGGGAAAAGCUAACUUGGAACCAAGCGCUUGGACUUGGCCGUUGCGUGCAAUACGACCGUCGGCACACUGUCGCCCUUCCGAUUCCGUGGACAGGCUCUCUUCUCACUUUAUAUGCACUACUGUGUUCCUUUUCUAAGUAAGGUUGGUUUGACCGUAUGCAGUGCCGAGACCUACCAGGAUUCCUUGCUAUCUGUUUGCAUUUUCUAGUAUAAUUCAUAGCAAGUUGACCUCAGAGUUCCUGUAUCAGGGAGAGUGUCAGAUUCUCUUAUAAAAAAGACAAAUUGCUGACCUUGGCCUUGUCCUUUGGUGAGCAGCAUCUGAUGUGACAUGAACAUAUGCAGCCUGCAUAGGACUCUUGCCUUAAAGAGUGUACAAUUGAUCCACAUUUACUGGUUGGUUUGUUUUUUGUUUUUUAAAAAAAAUGCAUGUUUCAAAUAAAAUUCUCUAUUGUAAAUAAAUUUUUUUCUUUGAAUCUUA